GGGUGAACGUGAUGCUGCGCAAGAUCGCCGUGAAAGCCGCCUCCAAGCCGCUGGUGGAGAUCACGCAGGACGGAGAGAAGCUCUCCAUCAAGACGUCCACCACCGUCCGCACCACCCACAUCACCUUCACCGUGGGGCAGGAGUUCAACGAGAGCACGGUGGACGGGCGUCCGUGCACGAGUUUUCCACGUUGGGAAACGGACACUAAAAUCAGCUGUGAGCAAACCCUGCAGAAGGGAGAGGGACCCAAGACGUCCUGGACCCGAGAGAUCACGAGCGAUGGCAAACUGAUCCUGACCAUGAGGGCGGACGACGUGAUAUGCACCAGAGUUUACGAGCGACAAUGAAGAGCACUUCUCACUUUUUUUGGCUCCCUCCUCAGCAUCACCACUUCCAUCACCACGCCCUCAGUUUUUGUCCCGGGACACCGUAAAACUGUAGUUUUUGAUCCAGUUUUCCUCUUAGCUUCAUGUAGUGUGGUAAUGUUUACAUUAUAACCUGAGUCCCAUCAAACCCCCACCACCUUCACGUUUUAACCCUUUAACUGUGUGUUGCAGCUCCUGAGUUUGUGUGUCUGUGUCGCAGCAGAUGACAAAUCUGUCCGCUCUCUAUCUUGUGACCGUUUGUAUUUAUUUCAUCACUAGAUUUGAUUUUUAUCUUCUUUUUUUUAAUUGUGUCUCUUUUAUAUAAAAAAUGAUUUAGGAAAACAAACACUUUUCUAUGAGGGGGGCGGGGUGGAACAAUAAAACACGUUAUUAACUCA